GCUGCUUGUCAACAAGAUGGCCUUCCUCCUCUCGCCGUUUUAACUCAGAUUAUUUUGGUAUCCCCGAGAAGACACUGAGAGCCCGUGACACUUCGAAAUAGACAAGGCAGGGGCGUUUGCUGGCAGACCUAAAAAGGUGUGCGCUUCAAGAGGGUUGCUUUAAGGGAACUGACAGGCUGAAAAUCCGGAGAUAGUGGCCAAGCACUCAGCAAGGUUGAUAAAACAGAGAGUAGUUGUAUGCUAACGUCGACGUUAGCAUUCUAGUAGCUUAGCCUAGCUACGUGGACUCGGAUAGUCAACUCGUGUCACCUGUAUUAGACUAUUUGGUUGGAGGAAACAGCAAACAGGGACUUGUCACCAAGCUUCUUCUCUUCGUGGGGUUUCCGUGGAGAACCUAACAGGUUUUAUGUUGGUCGUACUGCCCGUCUGGUGGCUUCAGGAUCAAAGCCGAACCAUGAGCGCUCCAGGUGUCUGCUGGCCAGCAUAGAUGCAGAUAUGCCACGGAGGUCCUCAUCCUGAUGGACCGAGACACCUUCUCCCACAUCCGGCUAUGGUGCCCCCGCCCCUUCGGCACCUACUCCCAGAAUAAAGCUCGGAGUCCGGGCUCCGGGGGCAGUGGCGGCGGGGCCAGCGGAGCGGGGUCGCCCUCGGUCUGCAAGGCGGAGCUCUCUCAAGGUGCCAGGAGGACGCCAGAAGAAAGUGACAAUGUAGGGAUGAUAGUUGGGGUUAAGGAGGGGAAGGAGGAGGAGGUAGGGUCGGAGAACACGCCACCUGAACCCGAGCUUGAAUCCGGCUCCAUGACUCACCCUCAGCCCCCUUCGGCACCGCCCACACCACCAACUGCUGGGUCUCAGAUGCAGGAUGGAAGGGUGCUGCUGGACACCUGGUAUGUCAUAAAACCUGGGAACACAAAGGAGAAGAUUGCCUUCUUUGUUGCACAUCAGUUCAGCGGAGCGGGUCAGCCAAGACCGAGCGCCAUGAAGGUUAAAGGUAACUGGGCAACAGAUUGCAGUAAAGCCAAAAGACGAAGGCGGUGCUCGUCUUAUGAUCCUCCGGCCCGCUCCCAAGCUCUGACUCCUGACUGUUCAGUUGGACCUCCAAGCCCCGAUGAGCUACAGCUGGGUGUGAACGAGACGGAUCUGCUCUCGGUGGCAGAGAUGGUAGCCUUGGUGGAGCAGAGGACCGCCAUGGCCCUUCAGGGAAUCGUGGCCGUUCACGGAAACCAGCACCAGUCGAUCACCACUUCUCACAGGCCCAGCUUCACCCCCAGCCAGCACACUCUGCUCCGAGGGACAGUGUCCGACCCUUCGCCUAUGCUGUUUGAAUCAAACGGCUCCGAUAGUCAGGCCUCUAGUGAAUCCCAAAAGCCAUCGUCUCCAAUCCAAACGGACCAGGAGCUGGAGGAGCAGCAGGAGUCCUGCAGGGUAGCUCAGGCCAUCGCUCACUUUGAGUCUCAAACCCUCAAGAACCGUCUCCAUCUGGAUUCUGGAUCUGGACUACACUCUAGUAAUCAAGAUGGAGAGCAUAGGAUAGGAGACACUGUAACGCCUCCUCCACCGCCCAACCGCAGCCACGGGGAGGUGAGGAUAGCGUUCAGAGUGUCGAAUAUGGACCCGCGGUCACAGCUGGAGCCAGCUGGUCGGUCCCGCUGUAUGUUUAUGAGCUGUGGUGGUGGGAGCAACCAAGCUGCUGCCAGGGCCAAAGAGAAAAUCACCUGCGACUUGUACCAGCUCGUCAGUCCGUCAUCUAGAGAUCCCGGUAGUCUCCUGCUUGCCGCCACGGCGUCCACCCCCAAAUCAGAUGGGGAUCUCCACCAGGACAAGCCGACCUGCGGCAGCCCGGACCCCACCCAGGAGCUGUCCACAGGGGACAAGAAGACGGCAGGUGUGGGUCGAGAACGAGUGACCGGGUUCCAUGUGGAGGUUGUGGUGACGGGUGCUGUGGAUCAGUGUGUCUUCUACGGCAAAGACAGCACAGAGAAUGUGCAGGAGGAGACUGUGUGUUUUGCAAUGCCGACGGGGGGAGGGAGUGGUGUUGGAAGUUCGACUGACCCGUCGUCAGACGACCCUCCUCCUGGACAGUUGUUCUUCCUCCAGUCCCCUAGAGGACCAGAGGAGGAUGCAGCAGCAAAGAGCUCUGGUGGUGCUACUGGAAUCUGCUCUUUGGACUGUGCUAACAACCACAGUCCUGGGGCGGGGGUGGGCUCAGGGGAAAGGGCCACAAGACCAGAUUCUCCUGGUGUCGGGGAGGACUGUUCGGACCCUUCGCUGUGUCGCUUAUACCGCCACGUGUCUCAUGACUUCCUGGAGAUCCGCUUCCAGAUCCAACGACUCCUAGAACCCAGACAGUACAUGCUGCUUCUCCCCGACCACAUCAUGGUGAACAUCUUUAGCUACUUGCCUACUCGCUCCCUGGCAGCCCUCAAGUGCACCUGUCACUACUUCAAGGCAGUGAUCGAGACUUACGGGGUCCGCGCACUGGACUCGCGCUGGAACCAAGACCCCCUCUACAGGGACGACCCCUGCAAACAGUGCAAGCGUCAGUACGAGCGCGGGGACGUUUCUCUAUGCCGCUGGCACCCCAAACCUUACCACCACGACCUGCCUUACGGACGCUCCUACUGGAUGUGCUGUCGGCGUACGGACAAGGACACGCCAGGCUGCCGGGUCGGGCUCCACGACAACAAUUGGGUGCAGCAUCCCGCCGACGGCACCACGUCCAACCGCACCAAGAGGGAAGAAAGGAGGGAGGACGGCAGGUAGAGGGGCGAGUCCAACUCUCAUCUCACAUACCUCCACCUGUCUCUCAGUCACUGGUGUGAGAACUUGGGUACAGACAGGGCGAUGGGGAGGGAUCCGCACUCCCAAGACUUUCUGCUUCCCUCAUCUCAUUUCUUUCUUAGAACUGGGGGAAUGUUGAGAUGCUAAGAAGGAAGAGAAUCGUCACACUCCUUGCCUUUUUUUUGUUUCAACCUCCUCCAGAAUCCCUCUUUCUCUCUCCCCCGAUGCGCUCUGGAGUGGCUAAUAAAAAGUUUGUAGACCAGGGUUGGGGUCCUCUCCUGCUGCUGUCUGUAUCGUCUCUGCCUCUUAGUCUUUGGGGGCUCUGUCUAAAAAUGCACAUGGAUGUUACAGUAGGCGAUUUAUGUGAAAACGUUGCAGUGUUUUGGGUUGAGAUUAGCAUUCAUAAAGUGACGUAUAGAAAUGUAAUGCCCACCAGCGUGCUUUCAGUUCCAGACACUCGCCCCUCGUUGUUAUCACAAGCAUCCAUGUUAGCUGUACUGGGGGGCUUCAAGGGACAAAAAAAACCUUCCAGUGCAGAAUGUUUAGAGUUACUUCAGAAAUGUGAUUGUAAAAAGCAAGCUUGAUGAAUUUAUUUUUCUCUCCAUUGUACAAGAUGCCAUUUGUAGCUGCCCUGCGCCGCGGUUCCAGCCGGGUCUGCACUUCAGAGACCCGCAGACCCCCACCUUGCUGUCCAGCCAUAAAUCGGAGCCACUGUCUGGUUUACAGAAAAAAAUAAAUAGAUACGGGAGACAGACUUGAAUGGGAUUUAAAAAGAGAAACUAGAUGUCACUUUGGAAAGGCCUGAUGUCACUUUGUAUGGUUUGGUUGAUUGGUUUCUUUUUUUUUUGUGGUUGUUUUUGACAUUUUUGUUUAUUUUGUUUGGCUGUUUUUAAUGGGUUUUUUUGUGUCUGAAUGUUGUAUUUUCUUUUAUUCAUGAGGAUUGUGUUCUUCUUGUAUCAGUCUGUCAUCCUACUGAACCAGUAACAUGGUUUUUCUUUUAAAUAAAUACUCUGUUUUAUACUUUGUUUUAACCCCCGGCUCUCUUCCUGCCCUCCACCUGAACAGAGCCAUCAUUCAUACUUUAAAGUAUGUCCAACUCUCUACCACAAACUGUCUCUAUACCAGCUUCCAGCCUUAAAAGCCCCCUACCUCUUACCUAUUCUUCUGGAGACUGAGGCGUCAGAUACCUCACAGAUCAACAAAUACUGAAAGUUGCACAGAACCACAUUAGGGACUAGUUUCUUUUUGUUUUUUCACACACUCCAUCCAACUCCACUGGAUCCACAUCAAACAUCGAUUACAAGAACAGUGCCUGGUGAUGGCUCUGACUCCUCAAUCUUUGGGGAAGGGCAUUAAAAAAUGGAAUCUAUUUAUCCUUCCCCUCUCCUCGCUUUUAACCUCUCAGACCGACCCCCUUCCACCCCUGCUAGCUGACAGACUGGACAUUGAAGAACUGUUGCGAUGAAUGAUGCUGAAACUCUGCAUGGAUAUGGACGGUUGGGUCGACAUGGGAGAACUGUAGGAUGCAAAUGUGUACAAUGCUAAUGGGAAAUAUCUGCUUAAAUAAAAACAGAAGUGAUGAUUAAAACUGGAAAUCUGAA